AAUACGCACAGUACUCUAGUUUUUCUGUACCCCAGUUCUUAUUUGACAAGCAGAGGGAAUUCUGGCUAACUGCUGUUUCGAUAAGUAGGAUUUCGAGUGCAAAUUCAUACCAAUGGCUACGCAUCGCUUUCUCCAAAUCGUAACCUUAGCAACGGUGCUGUUUGUCAAAGUUCGAGGCCAUGGAAGACUCAUAGAACCGCCAGGUCGAUCCAGCAUGUGGAGAUAUGGUUAUAACAACCCAAUAAACUAUGACGACAACCAACUUUUUUGUGGUGGAUUCGAUCGUCAAUGGAAUCAAAACGGAGGGCUCUGCGGUGUGUGUGGUGACCCAUACGACGGACAGCGGGACAACGAGGCGGGUGGGAAAUAUGCCAACGGAAUCAUCGUUCGGAAUUACACGGAAGGGGCCAUAAUCAACGUUUAUAUUGAUCUGACCACGAGCCAUUUGGGCUGGUUCGAGUUCCGUCUGUGUCCAAACAACGACAUACACAAACCGGUGACCCAGGAAUGUCUGGAUAUGAACCUCUUGGAGUCCCCGAAAGGGUACACACGCUACAAUAUUAGCAGCUGGGAAGCAAUGGUAUAUGAAUUGCAAGUCCGGUUGCCUCCGGGAAUCUCGACGUGCUCGCAGUGUGUGCUGCAAUGGAAAUACAACGCAGGUAACAGCUGGGGUUGCGAUGAGGACAACAACUGUUGUGUGGGCUGUGGACCACAAGAACAGUUCUACGGCUGCGCAGAUAUUGCCAUACAUUCCUCUCGCUGGUAAUCAUGCUCCAAGGGUGCAGGAAGCAACGGUGGAAACUUGUGUUUAAAGAUGAAAAGCAAGAGUACAGUGGAGUGCAAAUGUCAUGCCAGGAUUACUUGAAAAGACGGUUCUUUCUUGGUUUCCAAAUCUCUAACACUAUUCAAAGUGGAAUUUGGAAUUUUUAGAAAUUUGAUUUCUGAUACCACUAGAUCUAAUAUAGUGUUAGCGUAUGGGGGGGGGGGGCAGAGUGAUCUGCUUUUUGAGAACUAUUAAACCUUUACACUAAAAGCCUUGUAUUUUGGUACUCGGAUUAAAAUUGACAUACUAUUUAUUUUCCAUAUCAAUGUGCUUUGACUUUGAAUUUUUACUUGCUUAAAGUAAUUGCUUUGCACUGCUGCUACUUCUGUACAUGCGAUCGUAAGUGCGCAUUAUGUACGGGAAGGGGACAAGUUAUUAGAUCUAUAGUGAAUCUGUG